AUGCCGGGCAUCUUCCCCAUGAAGGUCAUCAAGGUGGGCAACAGCGCCCAGAGUCGCGUCGCCCAGGCGUGCGAUCGCUGCCGAAGCAAGAAGAUCCGGUGCGAUGGCGUGCGGCCAACCUGCUCGCAGUGCGCCACGGUCGGCUUCGAGUGUCGGACCAGCGACAAGCUGAGCAGGCGCGCCUUUCCGCGCGGCUACACCGAGUCGCUGGAGGAGCGAGUCCGCCAGUUGGAAACCGAGGUGCGAGAGCUGAAGGAUCUGCUCGACGAAAAGGACGAGAAGAUGGACAUACUCUGUGCCACGCUUGGCAACCCCCAACGCCGACCGUCCGCCGCUUCCCAACCUCCCCCGCAGCCUCCAGACCAGUCCAAGGCCAGCCCAGCGCCGUCGGCCAAGGAAGACUUGUUCCGCAUCCAGGGCUCACCCCUUCUCCUCGGAGCCGAGAAUUCCGAGUCGUAUUUCAUGGGCCCUUCGAGCGGUCGUUCCUUUGUCUUGUCGUUCAAGAGAAAGCUCCAGGAGCUGGGCAAGCCAUGCAACGACUUCAACCCCGACGCGUUCUUGCACGUUCAGGGGUGCGCUCCCUUGACCCUGGAGGAUGACGACGUGCCGCGCGCAAGUCCCGGCCUACCGCCACGGAUCUUCUCAGACCGCUGCGUCAACGUCUUCUUUCAAGAGGUGGCGCCGCUAUUUCCGGUGCUGCACAAGCCCACGUUUCUUCGAGUCUACGAGGAGUUUGUUGCCAAUCCCAAAAAGGUCAGGGGCCAUCACAAGCUUGCCCAGCUGUAUCUCGUCUUCAGCAUCGCCGGCGUUGCUUCCGAGAGCCCUGAUUAUCAACAGGUUGCUGCCUGCGAGCGGCAGUGGGAUCAGGCUGUUCAGUCCUUGGUCCUGGAGAACACCAUGAGCACGCUGCAGUGCCUCAUCCUCGCCCUCCUGUACUGCACCAUCAGGGCCGACAACAAGCGCGUGCAGCAUUUCAAGGGCCUGGCCGUCGGACUGUCGCAUCGGCUGGGUCUGCACCAGAGCCAGAAGCGUUUCUCGUUUGGGGUCUUGACGCUCGAGACCAGAAAAAAGGUCUUUUGGACCCUGUACACUCUGGAUUGCUUCACCGCCGCUACGCUUGGACUUCCGAAGCUGCUGAGGGAGGACGAUGUCCGGACCGAGUACCCUGCGGACGCCGAUGACGAGUACAUCACCGAAAAGGGCUUCCAGCCAACUCUCCCCGGCGAGUUCACCCGCCUGUCGAGUGCUCUGGCCCUUUUCCGGGCUUCGCGCAUCCUGGCUCGCAUCCUGGAAACAAACUAUCCCACCCUAUCCAGCUACGAGCUUUCUCUCCAGCGACUCGGCGCCUUUGAAGAGGAGCUUGAUGCUUGGUACGACGACUUGCCCGCGCAUCUGCGACUGACCUUUUCCCAGGACAAACCGUCAACGGAAACAACCGGCAGUCGAUCUCCGAUUUUGGCCUUGGCAUACUAUCACAUCCGCACACUCAUACAUCGCCCGGCCGUCGGCUCAAGCCUCGGAUGCAAGGCCGCGCCGGCGCUCCUUUCCAUCGUCAGCUCGAGCAAACGCAUCAUCCAAGUCGUCCAGCUCCUUGAAGAGAGGAACAUGAGCUUCGCCUUCUGCUUGAACAAGUUUGACCUCUUGGCGCUCUGUGGGUUGACUCUCCUUUACCAAGUCGUCGAUCUGAAACCAGACGGCAAAUUGACUCGCGAUGUUGCGCGGCUUGUGAAUAUCACCGCCAAGGCUCUUGGCAAGGCCGAAGCUCCGGGAUGCGUGGAAUUCUCUCGCGUGGCCGCCGCCCUAGCUCCUGUCGACAAGGGACACGGCGCGCCUUCUUCAUCACGGGGGCCCAUGCCAGCGCCGGCUCGGCGCUCGUCCUCUUCCUCCAGAGCAGAGGGCAGGGAGAAACCCAGCCACCCAAGGCAGCCGGAAAAGCUGCGCCGGCCGACCGCGUCCACCAACCCCCCAGAAGCUGCCCUUUCCCCCCGAUCGCAGCAGUCCCUGGACAGCCUGACCUCCGAGCCAUCAUCGUCGGUGCAACACCAGGGCCAGCAACGCCUGUCCAUGCCGACCGCGGGCACCGGCACCCAAAGAGCUUGCCCAUCCCGGGCCAUCCCAGAUCUGAACUGUCUCGCCCUCAACAGCACGCCCUACCCCACCGGACCACCAUCCUUGUCGGCCGGUCAUGACGGCCGCAUGCAGACUCUGGGGGGGUCCUCCACGUCACCUUCGCGGCACGUAGCCCACGGCGGCGAUUCCGCGUCCAAGCUGUCAGCAAUGUCCAACGCGGAGUGGGAGGCCCUGCUGGGCUCCAUGGACGGCGGCCUCAACAACGUCUACGACGCCAUUUACGGCGGCGCCAUUCUGAGGGACGAGGCGCCGGUUCAGGCGCGUCCGUUUUCGCCAGAUUCAUGGGUCAUGACCAGGAUCAGCGCGGCCAACUUUGCGCGGGACGACGACGCACCGGGCCCGCAAAGCGUCCUCAGCCUGAGCGACGAGAGCCUCAGCCCUGGCGAAGAGGCCCCGUCGUCGGACCUCGGCCUGAGCGUGGCAAGUGCCGAGUUGAACAGGCUCCAUGUGGCGGAGGCCUUUGGCUAUGAGUUUGAGGGGUUUCCAUGGUGA